CGCUGCGAGGCGCGGGCGGAAGUGGCGACGCUGGCGUCCCGGGAGGCGGCGGGCGGCGACAGCCCGGGCGCGGACGCCCUCGGCGCGGGCUGGGGCAUCACCAAGGGCCUCGACCCCGAAAUGGCGCUGCUGGCCGAGCACUUGCUCAAGCCGCUGCCCGCAGACCGGCAGAUCGAGACCGGGCCCUUCCUGGAAGCGGUGGCCCACCUGCCGCCCUUCUUCGAUUGCCUUGGGUCGCCGGUGUUCACGCCCAUCAAGGCGGACAUAAGCGGUAACAUCACCAAAAUCAAAGCCGUAUAUGACACCGACCCAGCCAAGUUCAAGACCCUGCAGAACAUCCUGGAGGUGGAGAAAGGGAUGUAUGGGGCAGAGUGGCCCAAAGUGGGGGCCACCCUGGCGCUGCUGUGGCUGAAAAGGGGCCUGCGCUUCAUCCAGGUGUUCCUGCAGAGCAUCUGCGAUGGGGAGCGGGAUGAGAACCACCCCAACCUCAUCCGAGUCAACGCCAACAAGGCCUAUGAGAUGGCCCUAAAGAAGUACCAUGGCUGGCUGGUGCAGAAGAUCUUCAAGGCUGCCCUGUAUGCAGCACCAUACAAGUCUGACUUCCUAAAGGCGCUCUCCAAGGGGCAGAACGUGACGGAGGAGGAGUGCCUGGAGAAGGUCCGUCUCUUCCUGGUCAACUACACGGCCACCAUAGACGCCAUCUACGACAUGUACACCAAGAUGAAUGCAGAGCUGGACUACACGGUGUAGACUCCGGGACACACAGCCCCACAUGGGCACAAGCAACCCCAUCACUGUGAAUCAAGCUGGGAUCCCCAGCUCAGCUCGGCUGGCCAGCCUGGGUCUGCAGGGGCGGCCUUAGCUUGUUAGAGGUCUUUUGUUUUCUUGGUUUUGUUGUCUUGGCCUAUCCUAACAGAGCAAUAAACACGUUCCACUCACUCAAAGGCUUUGCCAGCAGCUCAGGCUGAGCCAGGCCUUCCAGUGUGGUUUAAACCGAUUAACUUGCUAACGAUGAAUUCCUAGGGUUUUGUCUUUUCCUCCCCUCCCUAGCUCAGGAGGAACCCGGCUCAGGGGAGACAUACACCUCACCCAGGAAAGAAGCCUGGUCCAUCUGGCCCAAGGGUGUCUUGGAUGUUUGAAGGACAGUGAAAUCUGACUGGAAGUUCAGCAGGGGCCACACAGGGCCGCAUGGCUGGCAUAACCAGCCCUGUUCUCUCUCUUUUUCUCUCCCUCUGUCUCUUGUCAGACAGGUUUCUGGUUUUUUUUUUUUUCCUGAAAUGUACCAGCAAGCCUUUUCCAACGACUGACACGGCACACACAGGCGACCAUACGUGACUGUGUUUGCAUUCUUCUGCAUAAUGACUUUCUUCAGGGUCGGGCUCUUCCAGCCUAAGAAACUGCCUGACCUGGGAGUCCUCCAGCUGCGGAGACCCAAGAAACUGCCCUGCUGCCUUAACCACCCGUCCUUCUGGAGCUAAAAGAGCUAUAUUUUUUCAAGUAUCAGGGUAAACACACCCUGAAAGAAUUGAUGUAUGUUAAAAAAGAAAAGAAAAGAAAAACAAACCCAAUGAGGAACAAUUGGUGAUUUUUAUGCAGAAACUAAAUAAUCUUUAAUAAAUAAAUCUAUAUUUUGAAAUCACAUC